AAUGGAGAAUCCUGUUGAGAGAGCAGUCAAUGAGGCAACUGCAGAUACACUCUAAAUGCCAGAUUAGAAAUUAAUGAAAUAGGUAGCUGACCUUGUCAACUAAAGAGCUGAUUAGUAAGUUUCUAAUUCAAACCAUAGAUCAAAAUUUGCAGUCUAGGCAAUAGGCAAGAGACUCAUGUAGCUUCGUAAUGGUAAGGUGCAAGCCCUCACUAUGGAGCUUAUUGAAUAUCUUGCAUUCACUUGCGAAACACCUUUCUACACUUAGAUUGCUACCAAUGACUUUCUAUAAAGACUCAAUACCCUCCUCAACCCAUAAAUGAAUGCCCAAGUAAUUCUCUCAUUUACCCAAUUAGAUGCAAUAAAGAUUACUUUAAGUGAUCGCAGUACUUAAGACACUUAUGCAAUCACACCAGGAUCUAUUUCCUGCCUUCUUCCAAUUUUUGCAAAAGAUCUCUCUUAAACGUAACUGUCUUCUAGCAUCUGCUUUUUAGAUCAAUUACCCAACAAUUACGAAAGCAAAUAUGCAGUACUUAGAAAGGCACAACCAACAUACUCUACAGGAGCAAGAGUAAACAGUUUAGGAUCUGUAACAAUUUCUAUAUAAUCUAUAAAGGGCAACUCCAAAAAUGAUAAACUUCGACGUGAUCUAGAAAUUGUUAAAUCAAAUAUCACUUUGACCAAUGUAAUCAAAAAACUAAAUUCUAGGAAAUCAUUGAUAAUGCUAAUCCAUAAGAAGAUGCAAGUAAAAACGAAAUCCUCAAAGAUAUGACAACAACUUUGAGAGGAGUUGAAGAAAAACUAAGAAAGUAAUAAGCUAAUUUCAAACUAGUUUAAUUACUGAUAUGGGAAACAAUGAUGAAGGGUUGAUGAACUUUUGCUUAGAAUUGAAUGAUGAUUUACUUAGAGUAAUCUUGUUUAUAACUGAUUUAGACUUUUACUCGAUAUGAAGUGUUAAAAAAACAUAAGAAACCUGAUCCUUUCAGACCUGAAUAAGCAUAAUAACAAUAAUAAUAAUAAGUGCCUCAAUAAACACUAGCUCAACCAUAAACCAUACAACAAGGUCCCUUCCAAUAAUAAUAGAAUCCUUUUAGUAUUCCUCCUCCCAACUAGUAACCAAUUCAACAACCUCCACAACCAAAACCUCAAUAAAUCGAUUUGUUAAAUUUAUUUGAAUAUGAUCCAGUACCAGCAGCAUAAUAAAAAGGUCCAUAACCAACAUAAGCAAUUUAACCUGAAAAAUAAUAAAAUACGUAAUCUUUGAUAUUAAUAGCAUUUAAAGAAUCGAUUUGUUUGAUGUCGAUAUGUCAAAUCCAUAACCAUAAUAACCAUAAUUGACAUCAAUAAUAACUUAAUAAUAAUAAUCAUAAGUUUCAACCUAAGUUCCACAAAUAUCAUAACUUCCACCAAUAUCAUAAAUUCCACCUAUGUAAUAGUUUGGAUAACAACCAAUACAAUAAUCUUAACUUUAUGGAUAACCUCCUAUUUCAUAAAUUCCAUAACAAUCUAAUUAUUCUGCAUUGAACGCAUUUCCUCCUUAAUAAUAAUAAUAAUAUCUACCUUAAUAAUAAUAAUAAUAUCCUCCUUAAUAAUAAUAAUAAUAUCCACCUUAAUAAUAAUAUCCCCCAUAAUAAAAUGUAUUAAUUUUAUUUUAUUUAAAGUUACAAUAAUUAUAUCAACAAUAAUAGUUUGGAUAACAACAAAUAAAGUACUAAGCAUUUUAAUAGUAACCAACUUAACCUAUUCCAUACUAAUAAACUUAACCAUAUCAAUAAUAAGGAUUCCCUUAGUAAUAAUAUCCAGUUAUUAGCAGUAAAAUUAGUUAAUAUAUAUAUUUUAGACAUAUCUGCACAAUAAAAGAAACCAGAAAAUGAAUUUGAUAAUAUACUUAAUUUGGCAGUAGGAUAAAAACCAUAAGCAUAGUAGCAAUAAUAAAAGUUAGACUUUAUUUGA